GCCGGUUUGUAGCGACGACGUCAUUUCCGGUCGCCACUGUCACUAAUGUCCAAAGGAAGCAAGCUAACCGAGUGUUUAUGCUACACACCGUGGUUUUGAAGCGAAUUAGCUCUAUUUUGACAUUUUCAACGACUUUCUAGGUUUGCGUGUGUGGCAUAAACCUUACAGUCGGAUUAACUGCGGGAUUUUCCUUUGAAAAGACAGGACUCACAGAUAAAGGUAGAACACGUUGUCCAACGGCAGACUAACGGCUGCAUAAAAGUGGGUCGCCACUUCCGGAAGAAAACGACUCUCACUUCACUCCACUCAGGAUGCCAUGCCACAAUCAGCAAGUGAACAAUGUCAACACCGGCCAGGAGCACCCCAUGAAGCAAGUCCGCUUUGCGAGCAGCAAUGUGGCUACAGAGCUAAGUGAUGCUGACAGCAGCAGACCGCCACUAGACCAAGACCCGCUGGGGCCGCAACUGAAACUGCUUCCUCUCAACGACCAGAUCCGAGAACUACAGACAAUAAUUCGAGACAAGACUACCAGCAGAGGAGAUUUUGUGUUUUGUGCUGACCGACUGAUCAGACUGGUCGUGGAAGAAGGCUUGAAUCAACUGCCCUACUCAGAGUGCACUGUGACCACACCAACAGGCUACAAGUACGAAGGAGUUAAGUUUGAGAGAGGCAACUGCGGCGUCAGCAUAAUGAGGAGUGGUGAGGCCAUGGAGCAAGGUCUGCGGGAUUGCUGCCGCUCCAUUCGCAUCGGCAAAAUCCUCAUCCAAAGCGACGAGGAGACCCAGAAAGCCAAGGUCUACUACGCCAAGUUCCCCCCGGAUAUUUACAGAAGAAAAGUGCUGCUCAUGUACCCCAUCCUCAGUACAGGGAACACUGUGAUUGAAGCAGUGAAGGUGCUGAUUGAGCAUGGAGUCCAGCCCAGACAUAUUAUCCUCCUCAGCCUCUUCUCCACACCUCACGGUGCCAAAUCUAUAAUCAAUGAGUUCCCAGACAUCACCAUACUGACCACAGAAGUUCACCCAGUGGCUCCAACACAUUUUGGACAAAGGUAUUUCGGCACUGACUAAACCAGGACAACCCCAGGAAAUGCAUCUUGUAAUUGUUGUUGUUUUGUAAUUUGUUUGCUUUAUUUAAAAUAAUAAUAAUAAUAAAAAGUUCUUUGUUGUGCCAAAUAAAAAACAUGUCUCAAAAUGUAAACCAUAUUUAUUCUGUUGAUUUUUCUUCUUCUGCUGUGUAUGGAAACAAACAACGAUGAGCCAUGUAAGAUCAUUUUAUUUUGCAUGUUGGAAGUGAGGAUUUGUAUUCAAAUGGAAAGUAUUUACGGACAAAAGGAAACACCACAACCACAUACAGUACGCCAAAGAUUGUUUUCACCUGAACCACACUUGCGUUUAUUGUCUCAUGUGUGUGGUGCAUACAGGAUGUAUCGCUUCACCUGGAGCAGAAUACACACACAGCAGUUGAGUCUGUACAUUUUUACAAUAAAGGACAUGAAAGAGUG